AUGGGGGACAGUUUCUUACAUCUAGGGGACAUCGUCUCCCUAUACGCGGAGGGCAGCGUAUCAGGGUUUCUCAGUACUUUGGGGUUGGUAGAUGACAGAUGCGUGGUUUGCCCCGAAGCCGGCGAUCUGACUGAUCCUCCCAAAAAGUUCCGAGAUUGCCUGUUCAAGAUAUGCCCCAUGAACCGGUACUCUGCUCAGAAGCAGUUCUGGAACACCGCCAAGCAGUCGGCCAACGCGAACGCCGACACGGACACUGGACUGCUGAAGAGGUUACACCAUGCCGCCGAAAUAGAGAAGAAGCAGAACGAACUGGAGAAUAAGAAGUUGCUGGGGACUGUCGUGCAGUAUGGCAGCGUCAUACAGCUACUGCACGUCAAAUCAAACAAGUAUCUCACUGUCAAUAAGAGGCUACCCGCACUGCUGGAGAAGAACGCAAUGCGGGUCCAUUUGGACGCUAACGGGAACGAGGGAUCGUGGUUUUAUGUGAUGCCUUUUUAUAAACUGCGAUCGACCGGAGACAACGUGGUGGUAGGCGAUAAAGUGAUAAUGAACCCGGUGAAUGCGGGUCAGCAAGUCCUACACGUGUCCUCCAACCACGAGCUACCGGACAACGUAGGCUGCAUGGAGGUGAACGUCGUGAACUCGUCGACCUCAUGGAAGGUGACGCUGUUCCUAGAGCACAAGGAGAACCAGGAGGAGAUCCUGAAGGGGGGCGACGUGGUGCGCCUGUUCCACGCGGAGCAGGAGAAGUUCCUGACGAUGGACGAGUACCAGAAGCGGCAGCACGUGUUCCUGAGGACCACGGGCCGUUCCAGCGCCACCGCGGCCACCAGCAGCAAGGCCCUUUGGGAGAUUGAGGUGGUGCAGCACGACCCCUGCCGCGGCGGUGCCGGCCAUUGGAACUCCAUCUUCAGGUUCAAGCACCUCGCCACGGGACACUACUUGGCAGCCGAAGCCUGCCUCAAGCCGCCCGAGGGCGCGUGCGAGGGCGGCGACGUGGGCGAGCCGGCGUACCAGCUGGUGUCGGUGCCGCACUCCUCGGAGAUCGCGACGCUCUUCGAGCUCGACCCCACCACCAUGACGCACUCCGACGCGGCCGUGCCGCAGAGCAGCUACGUCAGAUUACAGCACUUAUGCACGCACACGUGGGUACACUCAACGUCCAUACCUAUCGACAAAGAAGAGGAAAAGCCAGUCAUGUCGAAGGUUGGCUGUUCGAUAGUAAAGGAAGACAAGGAGGCGUUCGCCUUGAUAUCAGUGUCGCCCAGCGAAGUGCGAGACCUGGACUUCGCCAACGACGCGUGCAAAGUGCUAUCGGCCUUGUCGACCAAACUUCACCAUGGCAAUAUAGAGCAUAACGAGAUGAAAGCCCUGACGUGCCUCCUACAGGACAUCGUGUACUUCAUAGCGGGCUUUGAGAACGAACCGAACAAGUCCAAGGCCCUGGACCUGGUGGUAGAGAACCCCAACAGGGAUAGGCAGAAGCUACUGCGGGAGCAGUACAUAUUGCGACAACUCUUCAAGAUCCUUCAGGGCCCAUUCCAAGAGACGGCGGAAGGCGAAUCAUUCCUGAAGAUCGAGGAGCUAUACGACCCGCGCUACGCUCCGUACAAAUGCAUCUUCCGCCUCUGCUACCGGAUCCUGAGGCUCAGCCAACAGGACUACAGGAAGAAUCAAGAGUACAUAGCGAAACACUUCGGCUUCAUGCAGAAGCAAAUCGGCUACGACAUCCUGGCGGAGGACACCAUCACCGCGCUGCUGCACAACAACAGGAAGCUGCUCGAGAAGCACAUCACCGCUUCAGAGAUCGAGACCUUCGUAGGCCUCGUGCGUAAGAACAUGAAGACGUGGCAGUCCCGCUUCCUGGACUACCUGAGCGACCUCUGCAUAUCCAACAAGAAGGCGAUCGCUGUCACUCAGGAGCUGAUAUGCAAGAGUGUGCUCUGUGCAAACAACGCGGACAUUUUGAUUGAGACAAGAUUAGUAUCUACCAAAUACGAGAAGAAAUCCAAAACUGAUGAUGCAGAAAACAGAUACACCGUCGAGGACGAGGUGAUGUUGCUGUGGAACAAUAAAAAAGGCGCAACUCACUGCCCCGGGGAGCCGCUAUCGCCGGCCGGCGCGACAGAGACGGGUGCAGCGGACGCGCCCGGCGAGGGUGAGACGGGAGGUAGUUCGCGGCUGCUGUCGGAGCUGGCGGGCGAGGCGCGGCGCGAGCCGCGCGGCGAGGCGGCCGCCGUGCUGGACUACUACCGCCACCAGCUCGACCUCUUCUCCAACAUGUGCCUCAACCGCCAGUACCUGGCGCUCAACAGCCUCUCGCCCCAGCUGCACAUCGACCUCAUACUCAGGUGCAUGUCGGACGCGUCGCUGUCGCAGGAGCUGCGCGCGUCGUUCUGCCGGCUGAUGCUGCACCUGCACGUGGACCGCGACCCGCAGGAGCCAGUCACGCCCGUCAAGUACGCGCGCCUCUGGAGCGACGUCUGCGACCGCAUCCACGUGCACGAUUACCAGUGCGUGAAGGGCGGUCCCGACGCGACCCGAGAAAAGGUAAAAGAGCAAUUCGCCUCGACUAUCCGCUUCGUUGAGAACUACCUCUGCAAAGUGGUCACCAGCACGUGGUACUUCAGCGACCACGACCAGAACAAGCUCACCUUCGAGGUGGUCAAGCUGGCGAGGGAACUUAUAUACUUCGGAUUUUACAGCUUUAGCGACCUGUUGCGGCUGACGAAGACGCUGCUCAGCAUCCUCGACUGCGUCACCGCCAUGGACCUUCUAAACGAGACCAGCGCCCUCUCUGGAGAGGUGGAGUCCGAGGGCGGUGUGCUGCGCAGCAUCGGCGACAUGGGCGCCGUGAUGACGUCCAUUACCCUCGGCUCGGUGGCCCGAAACGUGGUGGGCGGCGGCAACGGUGGUGGGGUGCAACGCAGCCCGUCGGCGCUCGCCCUGGCGCGAAAACACCCCCUCGUGAUGGACACCAAGCUCAAGAUCAUCGAGAUACUGCAGUUCAUCCUGGACGUGCGGCUCGACUACCGCAUCAGCUGCCUGCUCUCCAUCUUCAAGAAGGAGUUCGAGCAGGCCGGCGAGCGACAAGCCGACAGCCUCGGCCGCGCCGACGUCGAGGCCAUCGGCCUCCAAGCCGAGGGCAUAUUCAGCUGCCGAGCGAUACAGACUGUGCCUGACAACUGUCUUCCAAAAAAUGUAGAUUUGGACGGGUUGGACCUGGAUGAGUGCGGCGGUCGAAUGGUGCUCAGGGUGCUGCUGCAGCUGUGCUCGCAAGGGGCGUCCGCCGCGCUCGUGUCGGGCGCCCUGGCGCUGCUCUUCCGCCACUUCAGCCAGCGCCAGGAAGUGCUGGCGGCGUUCAAGCAGGUCCAGCUGCUGGUGUCCGACGCAGACGUGGAGUCGUACAAGCAGAUCAAGGCAGACCUGGACGUGCUGCGGCAGAGCGUGGAGAAGUCGGAGCUUUGGGUGUUCAACAAGGGACGCGCCGGCGCCCUGGACGACCACAGUGACAUCAAAGGCACCGCGGGGCCCGGCGGAGCCGUUCUAGACCGGAACGCCUCCCUCGACAACGUUCUGGACACGUCGCGUACAACGAAGUACGACCACAUGAACGAGUACAAGAAGAUCAAAGAGAUCCUGCACCGCAUGAUAAAGUACUGCACCCAGGGCAACAGCGGCCCCUCGGAGCCGGGCAAGCCGCGCCGCCACGAGCAGCGGCUGCUGCGCAACAUCGGCGUGCACAACGUAGUGCUGGACCUGCUGCAGGUGCCGCAUGACGAAGACGACGCCGCCAUGGACGAGCUGCUCGCCCUGGCGCACGAGUUCCUGCAGCGCUUCUGCCACGGCAACCAGCAGAACCAGGCGAUACUGCACAAGCACCUAGACCUGUUCUUGAACGCGGGCAUCCGCGAGGCGCAGACGGUGUGCGCCAUCUUCGAGGAGAACCCGUCGCUGUGCGCGCACGAGGGCAACGAGAAGGUGGCCGCGCAUUUCGUGCACUGCAUAGAGACGCGCGGCCGCCGCCCCGCCUACCUGCGCUUCCUGCGCACCAUCGUCAGGGCGGCCGGGCAGCACAUACGGCGCAGCCAGGACCUCGUCAUGCAGGAGAUGGUAAAUGCGGGUGAAGACGUCCUCGUGUUCUACAACGACAAGGUGUCGUUUAACUACUUCAUACAGAUGAUGCGUCAGUACAAGCAGACAAACGAGAUGCCUGAAGCCUUGAGGUACCACAUCCAACUGGUCAAGCUGCUGACGUGCUGCACGCUGGGCAAGAACGUCUACACGGAGAUCAAGUGCCACUCGCUCCUUCCCCUGGAUGAUAUAGUGGCUAUGAUCACCCAUCCCGACUGCAUUCCCGAGGUGAAAGAGGCGUACGUGGGCUUCCUGAACCACUGCUACAUCGACACGGAAGUGGAGAUGAAGGAGAUCUACUCGAGCAACUACAUGUGGGACCUGUUCGAGCGCUCCUUCCUGCAAGACAUGCAGGCCAUUCUGCAGAGCGACGCCUCCGUCUACAACGCUCCUGGCUGUUCGGGCGCUGGGGCCGCGGCGGGCACGCAACGCGCCUGGCUCAACUACGUGACGGACGUGCUGGUGCACACCAUCUGCACCUUCUUCAACUCGCCCUUCAGCGACCAGAGCACCACCGUCCAGACGCGGCAGUCGAUCUUCGUGCGGCUGCUGCAGGCCACGUUCCGCAUCUACCAGUGCCCCUGGCUCACGCCGCCGCAGAAGCUCAACGUCGAGAAGUGCAUACGCACGCUCAGCGAAGUCGCUAAAAGCCGAAGCAUCGCCAUACCACUGGAGCUAGAAGCCAUGAUACAGACGGUGUUUGAAAAAGCGGCCGCACUCUCCCGCCAGACCAGCAAAUGGCUUCUUGCCUCCAAGACGUCGAAACUGGAGAAGAUGGCCUCGCAGUCGAACCUGCAAAACGAGCGCUCUGUGAUGGAGGGUCUGCAGGAGAUCGUCUCGCUGCUCGAGGAGCAACUGCGGCCGCUGCUGCAGGCCGAGCAGUCGCUGCUGGUGGACAUCCUGUACAAGCCGCACCGCCUCUUCACCAGCCCAGGGGAGCUGGCGCACCCGGACACCAGCGGCAUUUUCAUCUCCAGAUUAAUACGACACACUGAGAAGCUUCUAGAAGAGAAGGAGGAGAAGCUAUGCGUGAAAGUUCUGCGCACGCUCAGGGAAAUGAUGGCUGUGGACCCGGAAUACGGCGAAAAGGGCAACCAGCUUCGGAACAAGCUGCUCUCGCAGUACUUCGUCAACCGAAAGUCGGAGCCCAAGAUAACGCCGCCGCCGCCCUCGCUUGCAGUCACCCACGGACCAGGCGCGAAGGUGCUGCUCCGCACUGGGCAGACGCUGUCCCAGGUGCAGGCGCACCUGGACCGCGAGGGGGCGUCCGACUUGGUCGUGGAGCUGGUCAUCAACAGCACCAACCGGCCCGCCAUAUUCCUCGAGGCCAUACAGCUGGGUAUCGCUCUACUGGAAGGCGGAAACCCCAUAAUACAACACAGCAUAUUCACAAAGCUUCAAAACGGCGAGAUAUCGCAGGCGUUUUUGAAGGUGUUCUACGACAAGAUGCGCGAGGCGCAGCAGGAGAUCCGCUCGAUGGCCGCCAGCAGCACGGCCGCCGCGGGCGCGGAGAAGCGGGCGGCCGACAAGCAGAGGCCCAUCGCCGCCGACGGGAAACCAGCACCGGGCCCCAUAGUGGUGGGCGAGGACAUGGACGAGGAGGUGGCGAACGCCUGCGGCUCGGCAGUGCACGCCUACUCGGACAUACACACCAUGUCGCACGGAACCACGGUGCUGGAGGAGAUAAUGUCGGAGAAGAAGCGCGAAGCGGGCAGCCCGGACGUGCUGCCGGCGAAGGUGGCCGUCAUGCGCCCCAUACUGCGCUUCCUGCAGCUACUCUGCGAGAACCACAACCCCGACCUGCAGAACCUUCUGCGCAACCAAAACAACAAGUCCAACUACAACCUGGUCUCGGAGACGCUGAUGUUCCUGGACUGCAUCUGCGGCUCCACCACGGGCGGCCUGGGCCUGCUCGGGCUCUACAUCAACGAGGGCAACGUGGCCCUCAUCAACCAGACCUUGGAAACCCUUACCGAGUACUGCCAAGGCCCCUGCCACGAGAACCAGAACUGCAUAGCGACGCACGAGAGCAACGGGCUGGACAUAAUAACGGCGCUGAUACUGAACGAUAUCAACCCACUUGGCAAGACACGCAUGGACCUGGUGCUGGAGCUGAAGAACAACGCCUCCAAGCUCCUCCUGGCCAUUAUGGAGUCGCGCAACGACUCGGAGAACAACGCCGAGAGGAUUCUGUACAACAUGAACCCUGAACAGCUGGUUGAUGGCGUGUCCCCGAAGGAAGUGGGCCACAACAUCUACAUCCUGUGCCACCAGCUGGCCGGCCACAACAAGGAGCUGGCGGCGCUCGUCCGCGCCACGCCCACCGGCGCCAACGCGCCCGCGCUCCAGUACUACCGCACGCACACCGCGCAGAUCGAGAUCGUGCGCACGGACCGCAGCAUGGAGCAGAUCGUGUUCCCGAUCCCGGAGAUCUGCGAGUACCUGCCGGCCGAGAGCAAGCACCGCGUGCUGCAGAGCGCCGAGCGGGACGACCAGGGCAGCAAGGUCGCCGAUUUCUUCUCGCGCCUCGACAACCUAUUCCACGAGAUGAAGUGGCAGAAAAAGCUACGUGGGCAACCUUUCCUGUUCUGGGUGUCAUCCUACAUGUCGCUGUGGAGUAACAUAUUGUUCAAUUUCGCCGUUCUUAUAAAUGUUAUUGUUGCUUUCUUUUACCCGUUUCAAGACGAAAAUCCAAAGCUGGGGCAGCACCUGUCGCUGGUGGUGUGGUGCGUGUCGCUGGCGGCGGGCGCGCUGGUGACGUGGCUGCCGCGCUCGUCCGGCGCGCGCGCCCUGCUCGCCAGCGCCAUCGUGCGCCUCAUCUUCUCCGCCGGGCCCGAGCCCACGCUCUGGGCUCUCGGGAUGCUCACCAUAGUAGUGAAGGGCAUCCACCUGGUCAGCAUCAUGGGCAACCAAGGCACGUUGUCCAAGUCGACGCGGAACGUGAUAACCGACCCCGAGCUCCUCUACCACAGCGUCUACCUCGGCUUCUGUUUCCUCGGCAUCUGCUGCCAUCCGUUCUUCUUCUCUGUGCUGCUGCUCGACAUCGUGUACCGCGAGGAGACCCUGUUGAACGUAAUGCGAUCAGUGACACGCAACGGGCGGUCCAUCCUGCUGACGGCCGUGCUGGCGCUGGUGCUGGUCUACAUGUUCUCCAUCGUAGGCUACAUGUUCUUCCGCGACCACUUCCUCGUCAACGUCGACCGCCUCGACGACGACGACGACCCGCGCUUCUCCGGCCGCUGCGGCGACUCGCCGGCGGGCAAGUACGGGCGCGCGGCGCGCUUCGUGUCGGUGGGCGGGGCGCUGCGCGAGCGCAGCUGCGACUCGCUCAUCAUGUGCAUCGUCACCACGCUCAACCAGGGGCUGCGGAACGGCGGCGGCAUCGGCGACAUCCUGCGCGCCCCCGCCAGCUUCGAGCCUUUAUUCGUGGCGCGCGUGGUGUACGAUCUACUGUUCUUCUUCGUGGUGAUCAUCAUCGUGCUGAACCUAAUCUUCGGUGUGAUCAUCGACACGUUCGCAGACCUACGUAGCGAGAAGCAGCAGAAAGAGCUUAUUUUGAAGAACACAUGUUUUAUAUGUGGGUUGAACAGGUCAGCCUUUGACAACAAAACGGUCUCCUUCGAGGAGCACAUAAAGAGCGAGCACAACAUGUGGCACUACCUCUACUUCAUGGUGCUGGUGAGGGUCAAGGACCCCACCGAGUUCACCGGACCCGAGAGCUACGUGCAUUCUAUGAUAAAGUCGAACAACCUGGACUGGUUCCCGCGGCUGCGCGCGCUGUCGCUGGUGGGCGGCGGCGAGGGCGAGGGCGGCGAGCUGGAGCUGCGCGCGCUGCAGGCGCAGCUCGAGCGCGCGCAGGCCGCCGUGCGCACGCUCACCGAGCUGCUCACCGAGCUCAGGGACCAGAUGACGGAGCAGAGAAAGCAGAAACAACGCAUCGGCCUCCUCAACUCGACGUCCGCAUACCUUCAGAACCUCCAGAUGAACUUGCCGCCG